GUUGAUUGCAGCGACUCUUAAUGCGUACGCCAUCUUCCGGACGCGAAAAGAAAACGAUUAUAAGCUGUAUUAUUUUCACGUUUAAACUCAAGCUAGGAAGUUAUCUGGCCUUAUCACAAUGGCUGAUGCGGCUGCAAGACAGCUGCAGUAUGAAUACAAAUCGAACUCCAACCUUGUCCUGCAAGCGGAUCGAUCGUUGAUUGACCGGAGAGCCAGAGAUGAGCCCACUAGUGAAGUUCAGUCCCUGACUGGGAAGCUGACAGGAAUCAAGAUGGGUGACAAGGCCCAAAGAACUCGCCCCCCACAAAUGGAGGAAAGAAAGGCCAAGCGUAACAAGCGAGAUGAAGCCCAAAGAGACAUGUUGAAGAUGAAGGGCACAACCCUACUGACAGAGGGCAUAUCUGACCUGGUGGGUAUCCUCUACAGACCCAAGACCCCAGAGACCAGAAGCACUUAUGAAGUUCUGCUUAGCUUCAUUCAAGCUGCCAUCGGAGAUCAGCCUCGUGACGUGCUGUGCGGGGCUGCAGAUGAGGUGCUGUCCGUUCUGAAGACGGAGAAGCUGCGGGAGAAGGAGAAGAAGCGUGAUGUGGAGGGCUUGCUGGGCUCCCUGGCCGACGAGAGGUUUGCACUGCUGGUCAACCUCGGCAAGAAGAUCACAGACUGGGUGCAGGAGGAGAAGAUGCAGAUUGAGGAAAACAUUGAUGAAACAUACGGAGUCAAUGUACAGAUUGAAGAAUCUGAUGAAGAUGACGAUGCUGAUGUGUACGGGGAGGUACGUGAAGACGAUGCCACAGAUGAGGAGUCCGGUGGAGAGGAGGCAGACCACAACGUCACUCUCUCCGCUGCUAAUCUGGGAGGUGGUGACCUGAGUUCCAAGGACACACAGGGCCUACACCCACGGGACAUUGACGCCUUCUGGCUGCAGAGAAACCUCAGCAAGUACUACCCGGACGACCCCACCAUGGCCCAGGCCAAGUCCAAGGAAGUCCUCCAGAUACUGCGUGCGUCCAGUGACGACCGUGAGGCCGAGAACCAGCUGGUGAUGCUGCUGGGGGUGGACGCCUUUGCCUUCAUAAAGGUCCUAAGACAGUACAGGCAAAUGAUCCUGUACUGUACAUUGCUGGCGCAGGCUCAGAAUGAGAAGGAGCGUGCAGAUAUAGAGCAGAGAAUGGGGAGCGAUGGCGAGCUGCUGGCCAUACUGCACGCCCUGCAGGCCAUAGACAAGGAGGACCUAGUGACAGAGGAACGCUCUAGGCGGGACCAGGCCAGGAAGAGUCGUGUAGCAGCGGACAUAGAGGCCAUGGACACUGAUGAUACGCAGGAGCUGGGCUAUGUGAGUCAGCUGGACUUGGAGGACCUGGCGUUCCAGCAUGGCAGCCACCUGAUGGCCAACAAGAAGUGUCAGCUGCCAGAUGGCUCCUUCAGGAAACAGCGCAAGGGCUAUGAGGAGGUGCAUGUUCCAGCGCUGAAACCACAGCCAUUCGAUUCAGAUGAGUCCCUGGUAAACAUAGAACGCCUCCCAGCCUACGCCCAGCCUGCCUUCGAGGGGUUCAAGUCAUUGAACCGCAUACAGAGUCGCCUGUUUAAAGCUGCAAUGGAGACAGAUCAAAACAUACUGCUUUGUGCCCCAACUGGAGCAGGCAAGACAAAUGUGGCCCUGCUGACCAUGCUUAGAGAGAUAGGCAAGCAUGUGAACGCUGACGGAACCAUCAACAAGGAUGAGUUCAAGAUAGUGUAUGUGGCCCCCAUGAAGUCACUUGUACAGGAGAUGGUGGGAAACUUCACAGCACGUUUGAGCUCAUACGGCAUCAAGGUGGAGGAGUUGACGGGGGACUCUCAGGUGACCAAGGAGCAGAUUAACGCCACCCAGAUCAUCGUGUGCACCCCUGAGAAGUGGGACAUCAUCACACGCAAGGGCGGAGAGAGGACCUACACCCAGCUCGUCAGGCUCAUGAUCUUUGAUGAAGUGCACUUGUUGCAUGAUGAACGUGGGCCUGUGUUGGAAUCUCUUGUGGCAAGAACUAUUCGUAACAUAGAGACGACCCAGGAGGACGUUCGGCUGGUAGGUCUGAGUGCCACCCUGCCCAACUAUGAGGACGUGGCCACGUUCCUGCGAGUGGAGCCCUCUGAGGGACUCUUCUUCUUCGACAACAGCUUCCGCCCCGUGCCCCUGGAGCAGCAGUUCAUUGGAAUCACAGAGAAGAAGCCUGUCAAGAGGUUUCAGAUCAUGAAUGAAAUCGUCUAUGAAAAGGUUAUGGAGCAUGCUGGCAAAAAUCAGGUGCUGGUGUUUGUUCACUCGCGCAAGGAGACCGGAAAGACUGCGCGGGCUAUCAGGGACAUGUGCCUGGAGAAGGACACCCUGGGUCUCUUCCUCAAGGAGGGCUCAGUGUCCACUGAGGUCCUCAGGAACGAGGCUGAGCACGUCAAGAACCUCGAACUCAGAGACCUCCUGCCUUAUGGCUUCGCAAUUCACCAUGCUGGAAUGAACAAGAUCGACCGCACACUGGUUGAGGACCUGUUUGGUGACCGUCACAUCCAGGUACUGGUGUCCACCUCCACCCUGGCUUGGGGAGUCAACCUGCCUGCCCACACUGUCAUCAUCAAAGGAACCCAGGUGUACAGCCCAGAGAAGGGACGCUGGGUGGAACUCAGUGCUCUAGAUGUUAUGCAGAUGUUGGGUCGCGCGGGUCGUCCCCAGUAUGACACGAAGGGGGAGGGUAUAAUGCUGACCAACCAUAGCGAGCUGCAGUACUACCUGUCCCUGAUGAACCAACAGCUGCCCAUCGAGAGCCAGUUUAUCAGCAAGAUGGCAGACAACCUGAAUGCAGAGAUAGUCCUCGGCACUGUACAGAACGUCAAGGAGGCCGUGGACUGGCUGGGUUACACGUACCUGUACAUCCGUAUGCUGCGGCACCCGACCCUGUACGGGGUGAGUCAUGAGCAUGUCAAGGACGACCCCCUGCUCCAACAGAGACGCAAAGACCUCGUACACUCAGCAGGCAUGCUUCUAGACAAACACAACCUCAUCAAGUACGACAAGAAGUCUGGGGCCUUCCAGGUGACAGAGUUGGGUCGUAUUGCUAGCCACUACUACCUGACUCACGAGACCAUUGCCACAUACAACCAGCUGUUGAAGCCCACGCUGAGUGAGAUUGAACUCUUCAGAGUGUUCUCCCUUUCCUCGGAGUUCAAAUACAUCGCAGUGAGAGAGGAGGAGAAGCUGGAGCUCCUGAAGCUGUUGGAGCGGGUGCCCAUUCCUAUCAAGGAGAGCAUAGAGGAGCCGAGCGCCAAGGUGAACGUGCUGCUCCAGGCCUACAUCUCACAGCUCAAACUGGAGGGAUUCGCGCUCAUGUCCGACAUGGUCUACGUCACGCAGUCGGCGGCACGACUCAUGCGCGCCAUCUUUGAGAUUGUCCUGCACAGGGGCUGGGCACAGCUAGCUGACAAGGCUUUGUCAUUGUGCAAGAUGGUCCAAAAGAGAAUGUGGCAGUCCAUGACGCCCCUCCGCCAGUUCCGCAAGGUACACGAGCAUGAGGAGGUGGUGAAGCGCAUUGAGAAGAAGAACCUGCCGUUUGAGCGCCUCUACGACCUCAACCACAACGAGAUAGGAGAGCUCAUUAAGAUGCCCAAGUUUGGCAAGACCAUCCAUAAGUACAUUCACCAGUUCCCUAAACUGGAGCUUGCUGUGCACAUUCUCCCUAUUACAAGGUCCACAUUGCGUGUUGAGUUGACAAUCACGCCCGACUUCCAGUGGGAUGAGAAGGUACACGGGACCUCCGAGGCAUUCUGGAUCUUGGUGGAGGACGUGGACAGUGAGGUUAUACUGCACCAUGAGUACUUCCUGCUCAAGGACAAAUUCGCCCAGGAUGAGCACUAUGUGAAGUUCUUUGUGCCAGUGUUUGAUCCCCUUCCACCCCAGUACUUCAUCCGUGUCAUCUCUGACCGAUGGAUUGGAGCGGAGACCUUGCUACCUGUGUCGUUUCGCCACCUGAUCCUGCCAGAGAAGUACCCUCCCCCCACGGAGCUGCUCGACCUUCAGCCCCUUCCAGUGUCCGCUCUGCGAAACACUAACUUUGAGUCCCUCUACAGUGACAAGUUCCCAUACUUUAAUCCCAUUCAAACACAGGUGUUCAAUGCAGUAUACAACAGUGAUGACAAUGUGUUUGUGGGUGCGCCUACCGGUAGUGGUAAGACAAUUUGUGCAGAGUUUGCUGUGUUGAGAAUGUUCUCACAGAAUGCGGACGGUCGCUGUGUGUUUGUGACACCUCUGGAGUCCCUGGCCCAACAGAUGUACACAGACUGGUACAGUAAGUUCGGUCUGCAGCUGGGGAAAAAAGUGGUUGUGCUGACGGGUGAAACGGGAACCGACCUGAAGCUGCUGGCUAAGGGUAACAUCAUCAUCAGCACGCCGGAGAAGUGGGAUGUGUUGUCACGACGAUGGAAGCAGAGGAAGAACGUGCAGAACAUCAACCUCUUCCUUGUGGACGAACUGCACCUCAUUGGUGGAGAUGUCGGGCCUGUGUUGGAGGUGAUCUGCUCUCGUAUGCGCUACAUCUCCUCCCAGCUAGAGAGGAACAUCCGUAUUGUGGCCCUGACCUCCUCUCUAAGCAAUGCCAAGGACGUGUCGCAGUGGCUCGGUGUCUCCACUACAGGUUUCUUCAACUUCCACCCCAACGUGAGACCUGUGCCCCUGGAGCUGCACAUUCAGGGUUUCAACAUCAGCCACAACAUGUCCCGUAUCAUCGCCAUGGCCAAGCCCACCUAUCAGGCCAUCCUGCGGCACGCCCCCAAGAAGCCCGUCAUUGUGUUUGUGCCUUCACGGAAGCAGACCCGCCUCACGGCCAUCGACAUCCUGACAUUCAGUGCUGCGGAGAUCCAGCCUGAGACAGAGACACCUCGCAGCAGGUUCCUGCAUGUGCCUGAGGAGGAUAUCGCUCCAUUCCUGGACAAGAUAUCAGACAAGACCCUUAAGGAGACCCUGAGUAAUGGAGUGGCGUACCUGCAUGAGGGACUCACUGACAUGGAGCGCAAGGUGGUUGAGCAGCUGUUUGCUACAGGGGCGGUGCAGGUCCUGGUUGCCUCCCGUAGCCUCGCCUGGGGAAUGAAUGUCACGGCUCACCUCGUGAUUGUCAUGGACACCCAGUACUACGACGGAAAAACACACUCUUACGAGGAUUACCCCGUGCCAGAUGUGUUGCAGAUGAUUGGAAGGGCCAACAGGACCCUGAUUGAUAAGGAAGGCAAGGCAGUGAUACUGUGUCAGAGCUCUAAGAAAGAGUUCUUCAAGAAAUUCCUGUAUGAACCACUGCCAGUUGAGAGCCAUCUGGACCACUGCCUGCACGACCACUUCAGUGCAGAGAUAGUCACCAAGACGAUAGAGAACAAGCAGGAGGCCGUGGACUACCUCACCUGGACCUUCCUGUAUCGACGCAUGACUCAGAACCCCAACUACUACAACCUGCAGGGCGUCUCACACAGACACCUGUCUGACCACCUCUCAGAGCUGGUAGAGAACACCAUCUCAGACCUCGAGCAGUCCAAGUGCAUCAGCGUCGAGGAUGAGAUGUAUGUGUCACCUCUCAACUUGGGCAUGAUUGCAGCCUACUAUUACAUUAACUACACCACAAUAGAGCUGUUCAGCAUGUCCCUUAAUGCAAAGACGAAGGUGAAGGGCCUGAUAGAGAUCGUGUCCAACGCUGCAGAGUACGAGGAGAUUCCUAUCCGUCACCAUGAGGACUCAGUACUGCGCCAGCUGGCCUCGCGUCUGCCCAACAAGCUGGCCAGCCCCAAGUAUAACGACCCCCAUGUGAAGACCAACCUGCUGCUCCAGGCACACCUCUCACGCAUGCAGCUGUCAGCCGAGCUGCAGUCAGAUACGGAGGAGAUACUGAGCAAGGCUGUGCGACUAAUCCAGGCAUGUGUGGACGUACUGAGCAGUAACGGGUGGCUGUCCCCGGCCCUGGCGGCCAUGGAGCUGGCACAGAUGGUCACACAGGCCAUGUGGGCCAAAGACUCCUACCUCAAACAGCUGCCCCACUUCACACAGGACACCAUCAAGGGAUGCCAGGAUAAGGGUGUGGAGACCAUAUUUGAUGUGAUGGAGAUGGAGGAUGAAGACAGGAACUCACUGCUGCAGCUCACAGAGUCUCAGAUGGCUGACGUGGCACGCUUUUGCAACCGCUACCCCAACAUAGAGAUGACAUAUGAUGUUGCUGAUAAGGACAGCAUAUCCAGUGGCUCCACCGUGAAUGUAAAUGUACAGCUGGAGCGGGAGGAUGAGGUGGCUGGGCCGGUCAUAGCGCCUCUUUUCCCACAGAAACGUGAGGAGGGCUGGUGGGUGGUGAUAGGGGACACCAAGAACAACUCUCUGCUCUCCAUCAAGAGGCUCACACUGCAGCAGAAGGCCAAGGUGAAGCUGGACUACGUGGCGCCCUCUCCAGGCCGCUACAACUACACGCUGUUCUUCAUGAGCGACGCCUACAUGGGCUGUGAUCAGGAGUACAAGUUCAGCAUCGACGUCAAGGAGGGACGCGGCAGCAGCGGCAGUGAUAGUGACUAGGCAUGGCAACAGUAACUGGACUCAAUUGGAAGUGACUGUCUGCACAUUCAGUGUUGCUGCCAUCAUUUCUCUGUCUUGGAUAAAUGUUCUGUUGCAGCCUGCAGAAUUUAAGCCUUAAAGAUAAAUAUUUUCAUAUCUUUUGCUGGCAGUUGUCACAUUAUUUGUGUGAAUGAGAUUGUGCAGUUGCAGGCCAAGUCUGUUGUUGCCAUUUUUUGUCCAAAUGUGUGAUCUGGCAUAAAUGUUAACAAAA